AUGUUGGACUUCAUGGACAAUGUGCAGAAUGCAUUCUACGAAGCUUCGCAUUGGAACGUCGACAACUCCUACGGCACCUUGAACGCGAGCGCACGAGCAUUGCUCGAAUUCCAGAUCCCACGAGGACUGCGACUGCAGAUAUCGUCUCUUGCCGCGCCGAACUUCGCGACUUCGUAUACUCUUGGUAGCGUGGGAGUCGUAGAUGGCUCAGUGUCUUACCUGUACUCGUCACUGCCUCUGAGGAGAGAGCUCAAGAGCUCUCACAUUGAUCUCCACCAUGUGAUCAGAGGCUACAAGCACUUGCAGGAGCUGCGAAGACCGGACGAGAAGUACUGGUGGGAGGUCUGGCAUUCUGGCAAGCGCGUCGAUCGCAAGAAUACCCUGUUAUAUGGGCGCAUAUUUCUCCCUCAGUCGAGGCUCGAAGCCCUGUAUCUGCGUCGUCUUACCCCAAACCGGCAGCUCAGAAUCGCCGCCGUGAGCGACUCGAGCCUCAACAAUGGCGGCACCAUCCUCACCCUGCUGCAGAACGACUUUGGAAAAUAUAGCACAGAAUACAUGUACAGCACAGACUCGGCCUUGAUGGGCGUUCGAGGCCUCUACAACUUUGGUUCUGGCCCCAGAGUUGCGUCUACAGAACCAAUGACGGCAAGAGAGGUGGAACCGGUGCAUGGUCGCUUCAGCGCAGGCGCGGAGCUUUACUACGGCCUUCUCAAUAAGAGUGGUGGUAUCAGUACCGGCUUGAGGUUCACAACCCUACCCAACCAUCCGGGCUUCCCGUAUACCAUGACACUUACUCUAAAUCCCUUGAUGGGAAAUCUUUCUUCCACGUACUCGGUCAAAGCUGGCCCCAACUUGGCGCUCUGCUCCCGUUUCGACUUCAAUUUCUACUCGUACGAAAGCGAGCUGCAGCUCGGGUGCGAAUUGUGGCGGCGACGCAACACCGCUGACACGGAAUGGGCGGUCAAGAAGUUGCGCCCAGAUUGGAAACGCCCUACCGUUUCGCCUGAUGACGAUGUUUCCGGUGUGCUUAAGGCUAGGGUUGACCAGGGUUGGCGGAUUGGAGUGCUGUGGGAGGGCAGGAUCAAAGAGUUGCUCUUUACGCUCGGUGCAAGUCUUGACCUCAAGAAGAGAGAGCAGAUCUUCCGAUCUGUGGGGAUCGAGCUGCAGUACUCAUCGUGA